GCAGACCACAUCGAUGCCGGCCGGGCCUUAGCACGCGUUUCUUCCAUGCAGACUCGAAUCUAUGGACAAUUGUGACAUAAAAUGACAGACUACGGCGAGGAGCAAAGGAAUGAACUAGAAGCAAUAGAGUCCAUCUACCCAGACUCAUUUACAGUGCUCUCUGAUGCACCCACAAGCUUCACCAUCACAGUUACCUCUGACACAGGAGAAAAUGAAGAGACGCUGGAGCUGACCCUUAAGUUUACAUAUGUGGAGAAAUAUCCAGACGAACCCCCCCUCUGGGAGAUCUUCUCACAGGAGAACCUGGAAGAUUCAGAUGCAGAAGAAAUUCUAACACUUUUGAAACAACAGGCCGAAGAAAAUCUAGGAAUGGUGAUGAUAUUCACAUUAGUGACCGCUGUGCAGGAGAAACUAAAUGAAAUAAUCGACCAGAUCAAAAGCAGACGAGAAGAGGAGAAGCAAAGAAAACAAAAGGAGGCCGAAGAAGCUGAGAAGCGAGCUUUCCAAGGCACAGUUGUCACAAUUGAGACCUUUUUAUCAUGGAAAGCCAAAUUUGAAGCAGAGAUGAUAGAACUAAAGAAGAAGAGGCAGAAGGAGGAGGAGCAGUCAGGAAAGAAAAAACUCACAGGAAAACAGCUCUUUGAGACAGACCAUAAUCUUGACACAUCAGAUAUCCAGUUCUUGGAGGACGGUGGGAACAGUGUGGAAGUGGACGAGUCACUUUUUCAAGAAAUGGAUGAUUUGGAUUUGGAUGAGGAUGACCCAGAUUUCGACCCACUGGACUUGGGUAGCGAUGAAGACUGAAUCCGACGUGAAUGAUGAAGACGCCAACAUCCUCUGUAGCAGCCUUGUGGACCAGGACUUGAGCUCAAUUCUACUAAACACAAACUCUUCUGUCACUACCAUCUAUAAUGCAGCGUAUUUUAUGAUAACCUCCAAACAUACCGUCAUUUGUACAACUAUUGCCAUUAAAAACCAACGACUUGUUCUCUUA